ACUAUUGAUCAGUGUGUGUUUACAUAGAGAACUGAGCAGUGUCCUCUACUCCUUCACAGUCACUCAUAAUACACAACCAUGCUUUCUGUUGUGAUAAGGAUGAGUGCACUCAGUUUGCAGUGCUGUCUACUGCAUGUUAUUUUGAGCCAGGUACUGCUAAGCAAAGUUGCUGUCACAACAGUGAGCAAUGACGAGCCUAGUGUUCGUGAAGCUCGGUCAGCGGGCAACGAGGUGGUAGUUCAUCCAGUGGACUGUGUUUUAUCAGAGUGGAGCGCGUGGUCACGCUGUGACACCUGUCAGAAAAAAAGAUAUCGCUUUGCUAAGCUGGACCAGCCGUCUCAGUUUGGAGGACAGCCGUGCAAUUUUCAUGGCAGGGAGGAGGAGGCCUGUAACGUUCCAGACCGCUACACCUGUGACAAUGUUCCUUUGUGUGAGGGAUUUUUCUGUACCCAAACAGGUCGCUGUAUUCCAAGAACUCUGCAGUGUAGUGGGGAGGAUGAUUGUGGGGACAUGUCGGAUGAAGUCGGGUGUAAGAAGGUUUCCAAGCCCUGCAGGCAGGAGGUGGAAGAGUACUGGGGAAUCGAAAACCUCGCCAAAGGAAUCAACAUCUUGAACAGUAACCUGGAGGGAGUGGUGCUUGAUAACAGAUAUUACGCUGGCGGCUGCUUACCACACUACAUCCAAGAUGUCAGAUUCAGGAAGCCUUACAACUUGCAACAGUACACUCUACAGACAAAAGGCUCGUAUGAUUUCACCCUGCAGUCUUUUGAAUCAUAUUCUGACUACAUGGACCACACCGUGAAGGAGCGCAUGACCAAAACUACGGUUUCCUUUGGCUUUGCCAUUCCAGGCAUAGUUGAAUUUGGCUUCAACUUCAAUGAUGAAAAAUUCACCAAAUCAGUUCAGAAGAUCCGCCGUGCUUCUGGCAAGACUAACAGUUUUGUGAGGGCCAAAGCAGAACUGGAGUUGGCCCAGUACAUGUUGAAGUCAGAUGAUCUGAUGCUUCACCCAGAGUUCCUGCAGCGCCUGCGCUCCUUGCCACAGUCCUAUGUUUAUGGGGAAUACAGACAGAUCUACAGAGACUACGGCACCCACUACAUCACAGAGGCUGCACUGGGAGGAGACUAUGAGCACACCAUUAUCCUGAACAAGGAGAAGCUUGAGAAGUCAGAUUAUUCUUUGGAAGACUACAAGCAUUGUACGCAGUCAGGUCUUAAGGUUGGGGCCAACAUCUAUGGUGUUUAUGUGUCAGCGGGGAUUCAGGGUGGAUCCUGUGAUGGCCUGCUGAAUGAAAUUGGAGAGGACACAGUGCAUGGCAGCAUGGUGGAGGACUUUGUUGCUGUUGUAAAGGGUGGGAGCAGUGAAUCUAUCACUGCUUUAGUGUCUAAAAAGCUUCCCACCCCGCAGCUGAUGGGGCUGUGGGGCAACAGUGUGCGUGCCAAUCCUGACUUCAUUCGCACAACAACACGACCACUGUAUGAGCUGGUGACUUCCAGAGACUUCUCCCAGGAUGCCACCCUGAAAAGAAACCUGAAGAGAGCCCUGUCAGAGUACCUGGCAGAGGCUAGUCCAUGUCGUUGUGCCCCCUGCCACAACAACGGAGUGGCUGUUUUAAGAGGCACCAGGUGUGACUGUGUGUGUCCUGUUGGCUAUACUGGACGGGGCUGUGAAAUCACUCAGAGGCGAAAAGAUAUAGCCAUUGACGGCAGCUGGAGCUGCUGGGGUGCAUGGUCAUCCUGCAGCGGAAGAACGAUGACAAGGAGUCGACAGUGUAACAACCCAGCGCCCAGCAAUGAAGGCUUGGCAUGCAGAGGACUGCAGCAAGAGUCUACUGAAUGCUUUUAAAAUCUGCUCAACAGCCCUGAUUGUAAACCUUGACUUUAAGAUUUCUAAAAAGGUCAUUGAAAAUCGAGGUUUUUAAAUAUUUGAAUAAAAACAGACUUGGAAAUGGGA